CUUUUUGGACGAAGCUACGAAGUAGAUAAAACCAAUCGGUAGUCUGAUCUGAUCUGAUCUGAUCUGAUCUGAGCUGAGCCGAGCCGAGCCGAGCCGAGCCGAGCCGAGUUGAAGUUUUGCGGACGAAUCUCACUGAACUGAGAAUGUCCGAUAUGUGUUCGGCCUUGCGGUUCCCAGCGGGUUCAGUGAUCGUUGAGGAGGAUCCGUAUGCCUGUUGCCUCGAUCAGGACCUGUUAAAAAUCAUGUGCAGCUUUUGCGUGCGUAAGCGGCCAAACGUUGUGUGCUCUCGGUGCAACGUCGUGAAGUAUUGCAAUACCGAGUGUGAGGUGAAAGAUAAAGCAUAUCACGAUCUCGAGUGUAACGUCCUUAGGCUGCGAAUCAAUGAACAAUUAGAUGAGGAAACGCGCCUUGUGAUACGAACUCUCGAUCGCUGUGUACGUGAACGCAAGCAAGGCGCUGACUCCAUUGGUGAUUUCUUCGGCUAUCGACGCACGAUUUACGACCUAGAGAGUCAUGCCGCUGAUCUAAACCUGACGAAGCGUGAAAAAGCCACGAGACGAGCUAACUACAUAUUCGGUUUGGUAAAGGAGCACGUUGACACAUCACGAGACCAAGUGUUUGAAAUACUGCUGAAAUGUCGUAUCAACAAAAUUACUUUGUUAAAUCAUCAUUCACCUCGCUUUUACUGCUGUGGUAGUGCUCUUUAUUUGGCUGUAUCGAAGAUGAAUCACUCUUGUGUCGAAGCUCCUUACGUGCAGAUUUUCGACGGACGAAAAUACACUUUGAGGGCCCUUCGUGAUAUUCGGGUCGAUAAUCCACUCACGCUGACGGUACAUUACGUACCUCCAAAUAUGCCGUUUGCGCAACGCCAGAAACAUCUUCUGCACAAUUAUUAUUUCAUAUGUAACUGUGCUAAGUGCUGUUGGCAGGCCCGACACCCAAUACCAGAGGCUGAUGAAGCGAUUGUAUCCCGUAUCGAGAAAACGUUCCAGACAGCCCCCGACUACAACGCUUGGUAUAAUAUCGGCAAAGAGCUUCUUGCGAAGCUCCACGAUCUUCCUGAUAGCAACUUUUACGUCAAUUGGCUUUUAACACAUACGCAGUGGACGUGCACGAUGGUGGGCCACUUAGAGGAGAGUAUCUACUACGGGUCGCGAGCCUUGCGAAGCACUGAUAUAGUUACCACCAUCGAAACGAUAUUGUUUAGCAUGUGCGAAUCGAUGAUAAAGUUGGGAUGGCAUAAACCGGAGAGCAAAAAGCAGAUAGCUUUCGGCCAAGCUGUUAAGUUGGCCAAGAGUCUGUUCGUACUAACUCAUGGCGCGAAUCACAAACUAUAUAGAGCGCUGGAGUCCAUGCAAAAAGCUGGCGAAGACGCGUAUCAGUAUGCACAUCAAGCAGGUGAUUUCCAACGCGGAAACACUUUGCCGCCUUGUAAUCCGACGGUAUUUGGUCAGUCGGGAAGACCUAGAUACGCUCAUUCCUUUCCAGGAGCUAAUCAGUUGGGCGAUGCUGGCGCCGCUACCCCGUCCAUGACUUGGCAACCCUGGAUGACUUAUCUACCCCGGCUACUUGCGUCUGUGCUUCCCCCACAGUUCUCACAGGUGCCAUCUAGGCCGUGCUUAGCUACUGGAAAUCCUACUACCCCGCGCUGUCCAAUCAUUCAGCAGCUUCCCAGGUUUCCCAGUCCCACAGGAAGGUUCUCGGCACCGAAUCCUCCACCGAUACGUCCAUCGAUCCCAAUCCGGCAAUUAAGCUAAACUUCCGUUCGUAUUUCAUUGAACCUGCCCAUCAAACCUGACGCAUAUGCUUCUUUACAGGAUUUAAUCUGAUAUUCAAUGAUAUCUAAAAAUGUAUGGCUUUGCCGAAUUGAAAUUAAUAAACUUAAGUCAGAUUUUACCGUGA